AUGUUAAUGUCUCAACACUUCAGCGAGACUACUGUUACUCCGGGAGCUGAUGUAAAUUUACACUGUAUCGUCAAUGGCCCUCAUCCAGCAAGAUUUGUAUGGGAAAGAGACAACAUAGUCAUCUCUUCGAACACAGAUUCCAGGUACACAAUAGGACAAACUAUGACACCAGACGGUGGUGUUACGACACAGUUAAAUAUAUCACAUAUAAGAGUUGAUGAUGGUGGUCUUUACGCGUGUGUUGCACAUCAAGGAGAAACUAUAAUUGCACAUCAAGACAGGGUUAAUGUAUACGGACCACCUUAUAUUCGAACAUUACCACCGUUUAAGGUGCAAAGUGGUCAGAGUGUCACGCUACGUUGUCCAUAUUAUGGUUAUCCGAUUAGAGAAAUCACAUGGGAACACAGAGGUAAAGAAAUAGCGAAAGAUGCAACGCAUCAGACGCAUCGCUAUAAAAGAUUUAUCAAUGAUACCGCCCUUAGUAUAGAAAUAUUUGGACGCAAGCCUAAAUUAAGACAAAAACGUGAUGCUACAGUAUCUAGGGAAGGUGUAUUAAACAUUGCAAAAGUUUCAAAAAGUGACAAUGGGGCAGCCUAUGCUUGCAUAGUGAAAAGUCCAUCUGGUGAAAUGGCGAAAAGAUCAUUCGAAUUGCAAGUGGUUGAAGCUCCACAGUUGGAGGAAAUUUUAUUAGCAUCCGAUUUGCGGGAAGGACAAAUCGUACAAAUUCACUGCAAUUUGAAAAGUGGUGACUCUCCAGUAUAUUAUUCCUGGUUAAAAGACGGUAAAAAAAUACCUACACAUUUAAAGAUUGUGGAGCGUAGCUUAGAAGUUUUCAGUGUACUUAUUAUUAAAAACGUGUCACUUGAACACUGUGGGACAUAUACUUGUGUAGCAGCGAAUCACGUGGCGAAAGUAAACAGGACUGUUAAUUUGUAUAUAAAAGUUGCUCCGAAAUGGAGUGAAGAACCACACAAUACGUCACUACUUCUGGGUCGAAACGGACAUAUAUCGUGUAGUGCUAACGGCUAUCCUCAACCACAGACGCACUGGUUAAAAAAAGAUGUAAUAUCCGAUGCAUGGCGACCCGUGUUGGAAGUAGCUGGUGGGGGAGUUCUUAGUUUAUCUAACGGUUCACUAAUAUUUGACGCAGUUGCUUUAUCCGAUGCUGGUUUGUACACAUGUCACGUUGAAAACGGCGUAGGUGAUCCUUUAAGCAAGACUAUUUGGAUAUCUGUUAAUAAACCUGUUACAUUUGAUAUAGCGUCUAGAAAUUUAACAGUAAAACUUGGGCAACAUAUUACAAUUGAAUGUCAGGCGAAAGGAGAUGACCCUAUUAGAAUUAUGUGGACAAGAAAUGGAAAGCCAAUCAACCCUCUAACACAAAGAGUUAAAAUAUCUGAUACAAAAUCAGACGAAGGUAUGACAAGUGUUCUAGAAAUUCUGCAAACAGAGACUACUGAUGACGCUGUUUAUCAAUGUAGAGCAGGAAAUCCUUAUGGUGCAGAUGUUUACAGUGUAUAUUUGAUCAUAUUAGAACCACCACUGCCUCCAUCAGACCUGAUCGUGGAUUCAAUUAAAAGUCGAUCAGUGAAAUUAUCGUGGAUUGACUUGGCGCGUUCUUUAGCCCAAUUUUACAGUUUACAAAUUGCGACUAGUCAACGCCUGUCUUGGAAUAAUGCUAAAACAAUAAAUGUGACACGGUUAGAUGAGAUACGUCAUACUGCUGAAAUUGGUGAUUUACUGCCAGCGACAGCUUACACGGUUAGAGUAGCUGGAGGAAACCAAGCAGAUCUUAGCUCAUUCUCUUCACCCGUAAAGUUUACUACUACUGAAGAAGCUCCAUCGUCUCCUCCAUUAGCUGUACAAAUAGAGCAAACGGACGCACCUGGCGAACUAAAAGCAAAAUGGCUGCCUCCACCUGCUGAUACUCACAACGGGUUAAUACUUGGGUACAGAUUACGAGCUGUACCACAACUCAACGGAGUAAAAGAAACUCAAGAUGUAAACGACAAAAUUAUCAAGACUUCGUCUUUGUAUUCAAAACAAGAAACCAUUAUCACGGGAUUGCUCAAAGGUGUAAGGUAUGCAGUUUCCAUAGCAGCAUUUAACGGCGCUGGGGUGGGACCUUUCUCCACACCUUUGUUUCAAGACACAAGGGAAGGAGCGCCGGAAGAGGGCCCAUCAUCAGUUGAAUGUAGCGGCGUUACAUCCACUGCUCUAAGAAUAAGCUGGCAACCGAUCCCGCCUCACAGGCAGGCGGGAGCACUUAUUGGUUACUCAGUUCUUUACGCUGCACAAGCGCGACAAUGGCAGAACGCUACGUCUCUAGUGACAGAGUUGCGCCUGCAAGGCUUGCACAAAUAUACAAACUAUACGGUCAAAGUCGCGGGUUUCUCUAACUACGGCACUGGACCGUUUUCCUUUCCUAUUGUUUGUGCAACUCUCCAGGAUGUUCCCGAUGCUCCAGCUGAGAUAAAGCUGUUAUCGCAAUCAUCCAACACACUAUUAGUAAGCUGGAAGAAACCAAAGAACCCAAACGGGAGAUUACUGCAUUAUACAGUUUAUUGCAAACCAACUGCAAGUAAUGAUGGUCCACAAGUAAUCAGAGUAGACGCCGAGGAAACUAUUGACGUAUAUGAAAAGACACAAACUUUGGAACUUAAAGCUUUAUACGAAGGCCGACAGUACGAUGUAUGGGUCACUGCUAGUACUGCAAUAGGAGAAGGACCUGAAAGUAAACGUGUGACGAAUACUCCGUCACAGAGAGGCAUCGAUCAAUCCUUGAGCGGUAAUUAUACAUGCUUAGCAAAGAAUCUGUACGGGUCCGAUUCAGUCGUAUAUACAGUGAGGGUCUUACCGUUACCGGAUCCACCCACAUUAAGAGCUACACCAUUUAAAGACUCCAUUGUAGUUGAAUGGGAUGAAAUUAAAGUACACGGAAAUGACUCUUUAAGUUAUGGAAUAAGUUAUAAUUUGACUUGGCGCGAAGGCGAUGGACCAUGGCAGGAAGCUUGGCCCGUAGCACGGGAAACACGUUUACCAGGCAUUCAACAACACGCUCUGGCUGGCUUGAAAUGUGGUACAAAAUAUUCAAUUAGAGUAACAGCUACAGAUAACGUUGGGACGUCUGCUCCAGCACAUAUUGAUGUUACAACCUUGGGAGGAGCGCCUGUAUCACCUCCAACAACUGACUGGCUAUGGAGUAAUGCCACACAUAUUUACAUUCAACUUAGUGGUUGGGAUGACGGCGGUUGUGACGUAACAAGAUGGGACGUGGAAUACAGGCUUCUUGGUUCAAACCAAUGGAAAAAAGCAGAGAACAGAAUGCCUAUGGAACUUAAUUUAGGUUGGGGUUAUAUUGAUGGUCACUACCCAGCACCACCAUUGCGGUCUAUUCCUACGUCGUAUGCUGUCGGUUACCUUGAUCCUGGAAAUUGGUAUCAACUGAGAGUUACUGCUGUCAACGAUGCUGGAACUGCUUCAGCAAUCUACACAUAUGCAACAAAAACGAUAGAUGGAGAAGAAAUUGGCCCUCCUUCGGAACUUCUAGAUCUCAAUAUGCUUGUGAUAAUAUGCAGUUCUAUUCUUCUUAUAAUAUGCUUGCUUGCUUUCAUCUGCAUAUUGUUCAAAAAACACAGGCAAGGUUACUCUUCCCAAUACCGCCAUUCUAUAGCCGAUGAAGUUAAGUCGCGGAAUGAAUCUAUCGCUGUCCCUGCAGAGCAAAAGGAACGUUAUGCCCAUACGCCUCGAAUAUACACAUCACCGAUACAUCCUAGAAAACCUACUAAAAAUGAAAUGUUCGAAAUAAGUCCCUAUGCGGAAUUUGCACUUGGUUUUCGGACAUUUGACCACGUGGAGAACCAAGACCUGCCUAAUCGACUACCGAGUAGACCAAGGUUUGACACUGAAACAAGUUUCCAAAAUCGUUCGGAAUCCGACGAUAGUGAUAGCACUUCAAAAGCCACGGUAACCGCUAUGCCAAGACGGCACUGUCGUACACCCCAUCAUAGAUAA